AGGAGGAGAAGGCUUGUGGGUGGGAGCCAAAGAGUUUUGCUAGCAGCACAGUUUGCCUGACGGCUGGGUUUGAACUUAUCACGUGGCUAACUUAAGAGGUCAACAUUACCUUAGUUUCCCUCUGUGUAGUCUGCAAAAUGCUGCUGAAAUUAACCCACUUCAGACUCGUCCACAAUGUCUUCAAACAACUUCUCCCUCCCUCUACUGCCACCACCGCUGCUGCUGCCACCAUCACCAAAGUUGGUCAGCAUCGGACAGUAUGGACUGGUCAAGAAGAACUGAAAGAUGUCGACCCUGAGGUGCAUGACCUGUUACAGAAGGAGAAAAACCGGCAAAUUUAUGGAUUAGAAUUAAUUGCUUCAGAAAACUUUGCCAGUCGAGCUGUGGUUGAUGUUACAGGCUCAUGCCUUACCAAUAAGUAUUCUGAAGGCUACCCCGGGGCACGAUAUUAUGGAGGAAAUAUUUACAUAGACGAAAUUGAGCGCUUAUGUCAGAAGAGGGCCCUGGAAUGUUUCCGAGCUGAUCCAGAACGAUGGGGUGUGAAUGUACAACCAUAUUCUGGGAGCCCGGCUAACAUGGCUGUGUAUACUGCUGUUUUAAAUCCCCAUGAUCGGAUCAUGGGACAAGAUUUACCAGAUGGAGGACACUUGACACAUGGCUUUAUGACUGAUACCAAAAGAAUCUCUGCUACAUCCAUUUUCUUUGAAUCGAUGCCUUACAAGAUCAAUCCAUCAACAGGCCUUGUAGACUAUGACAAACUCCACGAACAUGCCAAACUAUUCCGACCCCGUCUCAUUAUAGCUGGUACAUCUGCUUACUCUCGUUUACUGGAUUACAAGCGUUUCAGAGAGAUAUGUGAUGACGUUAAGGCCUUGCUGCUGGCUGAUAUGGCCCACAUCUCUGGCUUGGUGGCCGCUGGAGUUAUUCCCAGUCCCUUUGAGUAUGCUGACCUUAUAUCAACCACAACACACAAAUCACUGCGGGGACCAAGGUCUGGAAUGAUAUUUUAUCGUAAAGGUGUGAAAUCUGUAAAUAAAAAAACUGGAGAAAUUAAGAUUUAUGAUUUAGAGACCAAGGUAAACAAUGCUGUAUUUCCUGCUUUACAAGGUGGGCCUCAUCAGAACCAAAUAGGAGCAUUGGCUGUUGCACUCAAACAGGCCAUGGAUCCAGAAUUCAAGGACUAUCAAGUUCAAGUGAUGAAAAAUGCCAAAACUCUUGCUAAAUGUCUAAAUGCAAAAGGCUACAAACUAGUCUCAGAUGGUACUGAUAACCAUUUAGUUUUGGUGGAUAUGAAAUCUAAAGGAAUUGAUGGCGCCAGAUCUGAGAGGAUCCUAGAACUGAGUGGUAUUACAACCAACAAAAAUACCUGCCCAGGAGACAAGAGUGCUAUGGUACCAGGAGGAAUUAGAUUAGGAACACCAGCAUUAACAUCAAGAGGAUUUAAAGAAGAAGAUUUUGAGUUGGUCGUUGAUUUCUUUGACCAGGCCAUACAGCUGGGGCAAGAAGUAAAGAAGAAGACCAAAAACCUGAAGGAGUACCGGGCAUUUUUACUGGAAAAUGAAGACAUUAAAAAGAAAAUUGAACAUCUUGAAUCUGAAGUGAAACGAUUUUCAGGAUCUUUCCCAAUGCCUGGGAGAGAUUUAUAGUAUAUUGCAAUUCUUGGAGGAAGAAUUUAUCAUCAAAGCGAAAAUAAUUGAGUGUAGCUAUUUGGAAGAGUUUCACUGGUUAACCAACUUGGUUCUUACAGAGGUGCUACAUUGCAUGGAUAAAAUGUUUACAGUAUUCCAUUAUCUGACACUAUUAAUUCAUGUACUUUACCUGUUUUGCCUACCUGUUUUGCCUACCUGUUUACCUGUCCACCUUACUGUAUCUCUGCUUGCUUGCCUACCUACCUAUCUUCUACAUAUCUAUCUUGCUAUCUGCCUCACUAUUUACUUAUCUAUGUACCUGCCUGCUUACCUACCUAUGUAUUUGCUUGCCUACAUACAUACCUGUCUUUUUACUUGCCUCCGUGCCUGCCUUACCUGCAUAGUCUUCUUACCUGCUUACACUUCUUCCUACCUACCAAACUUUCCUUUCUAUUUGUCUGUCUGUAUCUUCUUACCUACCUGUAUAUCACUCUACCUAUCAGCACACCUGCAUACUGUUUUACCUAUCUACUUGCAUAUAUUUGUCUACCAUCCUUCCUCACUACUUGCUUAUCAACCUGCCUAAUUAAGUAUCUCUCUAUCUGUUUAGUUACUUACCUAUCUACAUACCUGCUUGCUUACCUACCUGUCAAUUUGCUUAUCUACCUACUUCUUACCUACACACUGUUUUGUGUGUCUACCUGUCUACUUAAUUAUGCUCUUCCUAUUUCUCUAUCUACCAGAAAUUUAUACCAACUUCUAACUCGAGUCAGAAAUCAGAUAACAACUUCUCUAUGACUUAAUUUAUCUCAGAUUAUGGAAUCAAACAUUCGACUUCUGAAAAUAAAGAUUACCAAAUCAUAUGAAUUCUGAUUUUGUAUUCCAAGAAUAAUAAUCCUGCCAUAUUUUUGAGUCUUUAAGAAUUGAUGUAACUCUAAAAAUAUUCCUAUAACAAGGAACUGAUUGGUGAAUGUGUUACUAUUUUUACUAGUGGCUAUGGUCACCAGAAGGAAUCUGCUAAUCUGACAUUACUAUAUUAAACAUAAAAACUCUGAAAUAUUCCUAGACACAAUAUAAGUUUAAUGUGACUUAAUCUUGGAUUCUGAGUGUGCAUUCUUAGACUGGAAACCAAAUUAUGACCAUAUAUUAUGAUUGUGCAAACAGCAAAUUAUUAUAAAGAUUUUCCAUUUUUGAUGGGUGUGUGGCACUCAUCUAUCACACCCAGAAAAUACACCCUUGCUCUUUAAAAUUCUUUUUAUUAAGAUUCAGUCAGUAAUAAACAGUCUUGGGGUACGGCAGGGAAAUUAUCUCGUUACUCUUGCUAGAAUAAGAAUAACAUUUUUUGAUAAAAACUUUUACUGUCAAUAUUAAAUGCUUGUGUCAAGUGUUGGUAUUCUUGUAAGCAAUUCCUAUGUGUGUGUAGACUAAUUAAGACUAAUUAACUUUAAUAAUAUCAGUUGUCUGUCUUUGUAAAUUACUUGUAAACAAUUAUGAUGCAUCGAAUUGUAUUUUUUUUUACCACUUUUGUUUUACUAUUAAUUUUUUAAAUGUUUUUCUAUUAAUUUCCUCUUAAGAGGAAAUUAAUAGUAAAACAUU